AAAAAUCAAUGGCCUGCUGAAGUGUUCUGACAUUAAAGCGUUGACAUUUUUAAUUAACCAAACGUAUUUAACGUUUCCGCCAUAAAAUCAAUAGAGGCAACACACACAUAUACACCCCCUAACUCGCAUCCUGUUUUCGUAGCUGGCUUUUGCGUAACCAGGCAAAACAACGUCGUAUAUCAGCCAGCAACCAAAAGAUUUUGUGGAUUUAAAUGCAAAAAUGUCAACGUCGCCAGCGUCAUCGUCGUCGUCAACACAUCCAUAUGGCCUGACAACGAAUGAUUUAGCCAGCAUGGGCGAAUAUCCAGGAUCGUAUGGCGGCGGCACAGCCGGCAUUGUGGCCAGCAGCACAUCUAUGACGAGCCCUGGCCAACAACUGGAGUCGACAGCCAGGCGGUUGGUGCAGCGGGAACGUGAAGAUGCUCUGGAGUAUUUCAUAAAGUUUCCGAAGCCAACGGGUGACAACGACUUUGUGCUUGUGAGUGGCAAUGAGGAGCAUAAUAAUGUACCCAUUGUCAUGCUAUUGGGCUGGGCGGGAUGUCAGGAUCGCUAUCUGAUGAAGUACUCAAAGAUCUACGAGGAGCGUGGACUUAUUACGGUGCGAUAUACGGCUCCAGUUGACACGCUCUUUUGGAAACGCAGCGAAAUGAUUCCCAUUGGCGAGAAGAUACUCAAGCUAAUACAGGACAUGAAUUUCGAUGCCCAUCCGCUGAUCUUUCACAUCUUCUCCAAUGGAGGAGCCUAUUUGUAUCAGCACAUUAAUCUCGCCGUCCGCAAGCACAAAUCCCCAUUGCAGGUGCGAGGCGUGAUCUUCGAUUCGGCUCCCGGAGAACGUCGCAUGCUCGGCUUAUAUCGGGCAAUUACAGCGAUUUAUGGCCGGGAGAAACGUUGCAAUUGUCUCACGGCAUUGGCCAUAACGCUAACGCUGAGUAUUAUGUGGUUUCUGGAGGAGACAUACGUUGCCUUUAAGAGUUUGUUUUGCAAGUCGACGCCGGUGCAUGCGAGUCCAUUUUGUGAACUGAAGAACGAGACGAACAAGUAUCCACAGUUGUUUCUGUACUCAAAGGGUGAUGUAGUUAUUCCUUACCGAGAUGUUGAGAAGUUUAUACGCUUGCGUCAAGAUCAGGGCAUUGAUGUGUCAUCCGUUUGCUUUGAGGAUGCGGAACAUGUGAAGAUCUAUACCAAGUACCCAAAUGAAUAUGUGCAGUGUGUGUGCAAUUUUAUCAGAAGCUGCAUGACCAUCCCUACUUAUCAUCAACAUCAGGUGCUUGCAGACAACGAGGAACAACAAGAACAACAGCCAGGAGCCGGCAACUUGAAAUAUGAUUAGAUAUUAAACUAAAUGGGUUAUCAUUUUUAAAACGCAUCAAACGCAUGUGAUAGGCAGCACAACUACUAUUAACUAAAAAAAAAAAAAAUACUACUUGCAACUACAACAUACCAUACUAUUUGAAAAAAUGCAGAAAUUUUAAACAUAAUUAUUAAAAACAAAAACAAAACAGAUUAUUAAAUGCUAGCGACCGCAUGGCGUCCGCUGCCGCUGCUUUAAUGUAGAUA